AUGUCAUCUCAGAAAGCUUCAUCAAGCUCCGGCUUCAGCUCCUCUGGUAGAACGAGCUCUAACGUGACCAACCACGGCAUCAACAAUGAGGCAAGUCCCCGGACCGCUCGGAUCACUCACCAUCGUGCUGACCACGUUGUUCAGGGAAACCACUGGUGCACUCGUGAAUCUGGUCCCAGCGACACAAACUCGAAUCCUUACCACUACUCUAACAGGGACGGCUCAUACUAUUACAGCAACUCCAACGUAGGCCCAGGAGGAACGUACUUCAACAACGGCAGGGGAGGCGCAUGGUAUACCCCACCUCCCAAAUGA